CGGCAAAGGAAAACAGAUCAGUCGACGGCCAACCGCCGCGCUGAACACGCGUCGCGUUGAAAACAAAAAACGCGCGAACCGACAAUAAAUUUAUUUAUUUACAUUAUAGGCUUAUAAAGCGAUAAUAAUUGUAACUAAGGUGCCAAAUUACGACAAUAAUGAGUGAAACUAAGAUGGAUGUAUGUGGCAGCGUCAUGGAUGGGGUAAAUGAAAAGGGGGUGAACUUAGAAUCGCCCUCUAAAAAAGUUGAAUACAAAGUAUACCCCACCAGAUAUCUUAUGUUGGGCAUAUUUGUUUUUUACUCAGCGUCCAAUGCUUUUCAAUGGAUACAGUAUAGUAUAAUACAGGACGCCGUGGUGAAAUAUUAUGAGGUUUCGAGCAUCACCGUAUAUUGGACGUCCAUGAUCUACAUGAUUACUUACAUUCCGCUGAUCUUCCCGGCUAGCUGGCUUUUGGAUAAAACUGGUCUCCGCGUGACAACCAUCAUCGGAUCCUUCGGGACAUGUCUGGGCGCGUGGCUGAAGGUGUUCUCCGUGCCUCAGGACAUGUUCUGGCUGGGCUUCACGGGACAGACCAUUGUGGCUAUCUCCCAGGUGUUCAUCCUGAACGUGCCCCCUCGGUUGGCUGCGGUGUGGUUCGGGGCUGACCAGGUUUCUUUGGCGUGCAGUAUUGGAGUUUUCGGAAAUCAGCUCGGUGUUGCACUCGGCUUCGUGCUGCCCCCAAUGUUCGUGAAAGCCGGCGGCACCAUCGAACAAAUCGCGGCUGACUUCCAGUUCAUGUUCUACCUGGUCGCUGGAGUUACCAGUGUGCUCUUCGUUUUCAUCUUGUUGUUCUUCAAACGAGCCCCAGCAACGCCUCCCUCAGCCGCCGCCGACCUCGGCGCCAGUCUGGACUCUAACUUCCUCCACUCCGUCAAGAAACUCUUCACCAACCGCAACUAUAACCUGCUGCUCGUCUCUUAUGGCCUCAAUGUUGGCGUGUUCUACGCUAUAUCGACCCUGCUCAAUGAAGUUGUGCUGAAAUUCUUCCCCGGUGCUAAUGAAGACGUCGGCCGCAUCGGCCUCAUGAUCGUCGUCGCCGGCAUGCUGGGCUCCGUCAUCUGUGGCUUCAUCCUUGAUAAGACGCACAAGUUCAAGGAGACGACCCUCGCGCUGUAUGCAGCAUCAGUAGUCGGCAUGAUCAUUUUCACAUUCACGCUCGACUGCGGUGAGAUCGCCGUGGUGUACUUCAGCGCUAUCAUACUUGGAUUCUUCAUGAACGGAUAUCUGCCGGUUGGGUUCGAGUUCGCCUCCGAAAUCACGUAUCCUGAGCCUGAAGGCACCACCUCUGGAAUUCUCAACGCUGCUGUUCAGGUAUUCGGCAUAGUCCUGACUCUCCUCUACGAAUGGAUGCUAAAAGUCACCGACACCCGCUGGUCAAACCUCACCCUCUGCGGACUGCUGGCCGUAGGCACUGCCAUCACUGCAGCCAUCAGCUCGGAUCUGAGACGACAGGCCGCUGAACAGAAGAAGUAGACCCAAUGGCUAUAACAAUAGGGUUCUAUGUUAAAUAAGUUACCGACUUUUCCAAUCUUACUCUCUGCAGAU